CGCAAAAAGCUUGUGCACUGUGGACUUGCCGCUACACUACCGGUGGUACAUCGGACUCCAGAGAGGGCUCAAAGUGUCUGGGUUUUGUUGCCAAAUAUAUAUAUAUAUUUUUCUCAAUUUUAAAAUUUUUAUUUUUCUUAUUUGCCAUUUAAUUUUUUUUAUGUUCAUAAGCUCCCUCUCCGCUCAUCAUCAUAAGCGUCUUUAAAACUCCGUUCUUUUUCCUUUCCUAAUACAUUCUUUCAUUUUCUGCCAACUUUCUUACUCGCCAAGCAUCCAAGUAUGACACUCUUUUUUCACUCUACUCUGUCCUUGUUUUACUCACUUUCUUUUUUGUUUUCUUGGGAAGUUUGCCAUUUUCUUUCUUUGUUUUACUGGGUUCGUUGAUUUUUUUUUGGCCAAUAUUUUCCUCUAUUAGCUAUUCAUUAUGAGACAUUUUUUUUUUUUUUUUAAUAGCAUGAACUUUCUCAGCAACCAAACAGGGUUUCUUUAUAUUCAAAAUGAGUUUUUAUUAGAAGUUCUAAAACGUUGUUGUUGCUGUUGUUGUUAUGCUUCGUUAAGCUUGUUCUUGUAUAUAUGUAUGUAUAUAUAUAUAUAUAUAUAUAUUAAUUUGAUAUACGUUUUUAACUCUUCUACAGUACGGCUGUGGGUUUGAUGAGAAUGAUUUUGGGCACUAUGGCUUUGGAUUCUUGAGCUGCUAUAGCUAUUUUUGCUUUUUUGUUGUGGAUUUAGAGCCCUUUUUGGUUGUGGAUUUUUGGUGUCUUCAAGGGUGUGUCACAGUUAUAUGUUUGAUAUUUUGUAUGUUCUUUCUUUUAUCAGUGAAUGCAUCUUUAACAUCCUAAAAGGAAAUAAGAUUGCAUCAUUUUGUAUUAUAUUUGUUCGUUUUGAUUUAAUUUCGUUAUUUUCUUUUUCAUAUGUGGGAAAACUGAUGUGCGCUUCCUAAACGCAUAGGGCGAGUAAAAAGCUCUUCUAGGAGAUAGAUUAACCUGUGCUUUAGUGGGAAUUCAUGAUAAGUAUUUGCACGCGAUUUUCAGAGACACUCAUUGGCAUUUUGUCUGUCUUUGCCGUUUGGAAUGUAUUUAUCUCUCCACCAAAUUAUUCAUGCAAUGGAAAUAGAGGACCAUGGCAGACUUGGAAAACUUGCUCCUGGAGGCUGCAGGAAGGACAAGUGCAGGUGGGACAAACCGCCAUGCACAUCCACCAAAUCGGAGGCUAUUCGAUGGUCCCUCCUCUCAGGAUGGAAGUGAUUUCAAGGAUGAAGAAUCUGAUGAUGGUUAUGAUUAUGCCAUCAGGAAGCCUGCUGGUUCUCAAGUUCCUCUGAAGAAGAGGUUUGAUCCUACUAAAAGAGCAGAUUAUCAAGGCAGCAAUGAAGAAGGCAAUUAUAAAGAUGAUGGUUCUGAUCAUGGGGAGGACAGUAGUGAUGAAUCUGAUGUUGGCAGCGACCUUUACAAGAAUGAGGAUGACCAGAAAAAGCUCGCAGACAUGACCGAAUUUGAAAGAGAGAUAAUUUUAUCAGACAGAGCACUCAAGAAAGAUAAUAAAGAUUUUAAGGAGAAAUUGAGAUUGAUGCUAGACAAAGCAAGGUCUACAAGGUGCAGAGAAGAUCCUUUACCUCCUCCAUUGUCUUUUGGUGUGCGCACAUCAGCUAGAACUUUCAAGAGGAUGGCUGCAAUGGAUGAUGCAUUGAAUCAAUUGCGGGAAAAACGGCUGAAGCAUCGGUAUGGAUCAAGAGGAGGUUCAGUUAGCCAGCAUACUUUGUCAACCAAGCGAAAAGUCCUCACUGCUGCAAAUCUAAGUAGCUCCAGUCAGGGUGAGAGUGUAAGUGAGUCGCAUAGUGAAGAUGAAGCAUCAGUUGGGGAUGGUGAAAUGGUUGACGGUGGUAAGGAAAUGGGUAUUCCUGGGUCAGAACCACCAACAUUUGAUGACAUAAAGGAAAUUACUGUUCAAAGAUCAAAACUGGUUAAAUGGUUUAUGGAACCAUACUUUGAGGAUUUAAUUGUCGGUUGCUUUGUCAGAAUUGGAGUUGGGAAGUCAACAAAUGGGCCUGCCUACAGGCUCUGCAUGGUCCAGGGUGUUGAUGCCUCAGACUCUGACCAGCAUUACAUGCUAGAUGGAAAAACAACAAGUAAGUUUCUGAUAUGUGUUUCAGCCAAUGGAAGUUCCACUACCAAGUUGCAGAUGGCUAUGGUUUCCGAUUCUACUCCACUUGAAGAGGAGUUCAGCAAGUGGGUUAGAGCUGUGGAGCAUAGCGGCAGGAAAAUGCUGAGUAAACGGGAUGUCUUAGAAAAGAAGGAAGCACUACAAAAUUCCAACAGAUACAUUUACUCAGCAACCACUGGGAAACAAAUGUUGCAGGAGAAAAAACAUACCUUGUCAAGGCCGUUAAAUAUUGCAGUUGAGAAGGAACAAUUGAGGAGGCAGAUAGAGGUUGCAGAAAGUAAGUCUGAUACUGUGGAAGUGAGAAGGAUCAUGACGAGGCUGCAAGAACUGGAAGCAUCAAGGCCAGCCCAUGACAAAGAUACAAAGGCUUUUAGACUAGCUGAGAUGAACAGGAAGAACAAGGUUGAAAACUUGAAGAGUGCUUCAGAAUUGAAACCAGUAAAUAUGAGUUUAAAAGCUGGGGAUGCUGGGUAUGAUCCCUUUUCAAGGAGAUGGACAAGAUCAAGAAAUUACUAUGCUUCCUCAAAGGCUGGUGGAGAAGAUGAGGCUCCUGAGGAGAAAGUUGGUACUUCUGAGGUAGACAUUAACUUAGGAGGAGUGAAGUUAGCAGGAGAUGCUAGCGUGGAAGUGACAAAAGCAGCCAUAGAAGCUGCAGCUGAUGCAGGAAAGUUGGUGGAUACUGGUGCUCCUGUGGAUAAAGCUACAGAGUAUAAUAUUCUACACAACUUCGAGCUUCCAAUCUCCUUGGCCAAACUGAAGAAGUUCGGUGGACCCCAGGGUGCUCAUCUUGGAUACAUGGCCAGGAAACAAAGAAUAGAAGCAACUGUUGGACGCCAAGUUCCAGAAGAUCAUGGAAGGAAACAUCCCCUCGCAUUGUCAAUUACUGACUACAAGAGAAGAAGAGGGCUGCUUUAACUUGAGAUGCUCCUCCACGCAACUCUUUUGGCUUGUUAAUGCUGUGCAUGUCUAAAAGAAGGAAACCAGUUUUGGGUAUCGACUAUAUUAAAUGGUUAGGCUGAAAUUUAAUCUUUUUGCUGUGCGUAUGGGUUUUUUAGCAAUCUUAUACGCAUCUAAUAUUCUUGAUGCUAAGCAAUGAAAUUGCUCUUAUUGGGUGCA